AUGUCAGACUUGCUAGGCCAGAUUGCCUCAGGUCUGGAUCUCGUUACAACGAUCGGAGAAUUUGUAAAAGGCAUUCGUCAAGGCAAAGUCUCCGAGAACAGGGAAGCCCGUGAGUUCGCCAACCAACUCGAAAGGCUCCUCAUUGCCCUACGAAGGCUUGGCUGUGCGCGCGAGGAGGCGGACGGUCAAUUGACACCAAGACUGCGCGUCGAGGCGAUGGCUACAGAGCGUCGUAGCUGGGCUAUGCUUCACAAAAUCGACGCCACAAUUGUCCCCCUCGCGCAAUCCGGUAAACGGCGUAAGAAGAUGCUCAAGGAUUUCUUUUUGGGCAGUGCCGGUCGCCAAGUCGUUACGACCAACAACAUCAUCAAAAGCCACAUUAUGGAGGCCAACAAAUGCAGAAACGAUAUCGAAUACUGCAUUCGAGACUACAACGCCCGCAACCCUUCGUUGUCUUAUCUCAAUCCGCCAGCGGUGUCUGAGGCUCAGCAGCCACGAUUCCGGCCCCUGAAGUCGAAGAAAAUCUAA